AUGGGGGACUGGAAGCGGGACGUGGAGAAGUGGGGCGACGAGAAGGGCCGAUCGCCGAUCGUCACGAACAAGACGCCCAAGCAGAAGAAAGCGUUCGACCCGGAGUCGCCGUCCACCGCGAAGAUCGGGCAGUCCCCGGGGUCCUCGGAUCCGAGCUCGCCCCUUACGACGACCGCGGAGUACCGCAGUUCGAGGAUGGCGCGCGCGCGAUCGCUCUCCGAUCAGCGCUCGAGGCCGUACGGCCGCGAUCAGGCGGCCCCCGACUCGCCGGACAACGAUCCGCGGCUGCUGGACGAGGAGUGGGCGUCGCAGCGCUCGCCGCUCGUGUGCGAGAGCGGGUACCACCCGAUCGACCGCGGAUUGAGCCGCUCGCCGCAGGUGAUCGCGGACAAGUUCAAAGGGCGGCACGACGUCGACGACGCGCUGCGUCACCGAGAGCACCGCGGAUCCCCCGGGUCGCCGAAAUCGCCCGACGUCGACGUCGACCCCCGUCACCGAGACGGCUGGAUCGGGAACGUGAACGCGAGCCCGAGCGGCCACGGGAAGAACACGGACGCGAAGAUGGGGCGCAACAAGCUCGAGAAGGGCGAGAUGGACCGCGCGUACAACAUCAUCCACGCGCGACCGCCGCAGAGCAACGACCAGCCGGAGGUGCGUUCUAUACACUGGUCGUCAUACGACCCCGUUCGCGUGGUGAACGCCGAUCCUUAA